AUGAUGCCACCUAUAGCAGUGGUACACAACUGUGAUCAUACACUGUCUUCCUUUAGGAAUGAACAGAGACUCCCAGAUGUCUAGACUAAAACCUAACUCCCAUGUGCCAGGUAACAUUACUGUUUCUUCAUAAAACUCCCUAGUCUUUUGUUAUUCCUAGUCACUAGCACUGGAAAUUCCAUGUCUAGACAACAGGGUUUUGGCGCUAAAGGGUAAGCAAUAAGGUCUCUAUUUUGCUGAAUUUAUGCAAAUUACAGAAAUUGUAUUAUAUUUUAUUUUCUUCCUAAAAGCAGACAAACAUUACUAAAAAUCAGGGAAUCACAAACCUAUGUAAUUUGCAUUUUUCUAGAAGUGUUUUCAAUCCUCUAUUAAUGUCUAUCUCUAGCUCAAACUUCAAUAGUUCCAGAUUUGUUCUCACUGGUUUUCCUGGCCUAGAAGUUCACUAUCCCUGGCUCUGCAUUCCUUUCUCCUCCAUCUAUGCUCUGGUGUUCCUGGGAAACUGCAUGGUGCUCCAUGUGAUCCGGACUGAAUCAAGCCUACACCAGCCUAUGUUCUAUUUUCUGGCCAUGCUGGCCCUCACUGACCUGUGUAUGGGGUUUUCUACUGUGUACACAGUGCUGGGGAUCCUGCUGGGGUUAAUUCAAGAGAUCAGCCUGGAUUCCUGCAUUGCCCAGUCUUAUUUCAUCCAUGGUCUGUCCUUCAUGGAGUCCUCUGUCCUCCUCGCUAUGGCCUUUGACCGCUACAUUGCCAUUUGCUACCCAUUGCGCUACUCAUCCAUCCUAACUAACGACAAAAUCAUGAAAAUUGGAGUGGCAAUCUUAUGUAGGAGUUCUUUACUAAUACCUCCAGUCAUCAUCCGUCUGAAGUUCUUAAAUUAUUGCCGUCCUCACAUCCUUUCUCACUCUUUCUGCCUGCACCAAGACUUAAUUAGAACGGCCUGUUCAGACGUCCACUUCAACAAUGUCUAUGGUCUGGCCCUUGUGAUCAGCAACCUGUUGUUAGAUGCAGUGCUCAUACUCAUCUCCUACAUUAGGAUUUUGCAUACAGUCUUAGCCAUUGCAUCACAGGAGGAGAGACUCAAGUCUUUGCAGACCUGUGUAUCUCACAUCUGUGCUGUUUUGGUUUUCUACAUUCCAAUCAUUGGUCUGACCAUGGUGCAUCGCUUUGGGAAACACCUCUCACCAUUGGUUCACGUCCUCAUGGGUAAUACCUAUAUCCUUUUCCCUCCCAUGAUGAACCCUGUUAUUUAUAGUAUCAAGACCCAACAGAUACGAAGAAGGCUCCAGAGAUUGUUCUGCUUGAAAAGAGCCUAAGUUUAAAUCAAAAGUUUAUGUAUUUAAAAGUCAGCUAGUGGAAUUUAAAAAUGUCAAAGUCAGUAUUUAAACAUAAAUUUAAUAACUACUAUGUUAAUUAUAAUUUACAUGUUACAAAUACCUUUCUUUUUAUUUCUCCCAAUCAUCCUGUUAGUAACAUUGACAUGUUUAAUAUUGUGGUCCAUUUUACAAAUCUGAAAAUGCAUAUACACUGGAAUAGGAAUCAUAUUAAUGGAUGAGGCAGAUUAGAUAUUAUAAUCUAUACCUUAUUAUGGACAGUUGAUUGCAGAUAUUUUUGGUCCUACCAAUUAUGGCAAAAGUAAAUUUUGCUAACCUCCUUCAAGUAAUUACUAAGACAUCUACCAUGAUCUUAGUUCAUGUUUAAUUCUAAGCGACAUUCUUAUUUCUUCAUUGUUUGUGGUUCCUGCUAGUUUUUCCAAAUGACUGUAAAGUGAAGUAAACAUCAUGAGGUAACUGGACUAUUUAGCUCAGUCAAAAAGUAGUGAAACAAACCACAAAAAAAGGCAUCUUGAUGCUAGGUUGUCCACCAACCAAAAAAUCUCUCUCCUAUUAACAAUAAUUUUAUAGGACAUAUAGACAACCAGUAAUUUUCAGAGCAAAAAAAAAUAGAGUUUCUGAUUAGUUUGUUUAUCCAAAUAGUAAUGCCAAUUGCAGUUACCAUUUGAAAAUGGUUUGAAUCAUUUUAGACAUUUACUUUGAAUAUGCAUUCUUUAUUUGUCUUACCUCAUUUAAAUUCCCUGACCCAGAUAAUAAAAAUAGAACUAACUUUUACUAUCACCAAGUAAUGUAAAUGUUUCUAAUUUAAUCUCCCCAUCAGGACUCUUAGAAAACUAUUAUUUUCCAUUAUACAAAUUGAUUUUUUAAGCUCAGAAAGGCUAAAUAAUAUGUCAAAUGUUAAAAGGUAAUAAGUGAUUGAUUUGGGUAUAUUUUCUGUUUGAGUUAAUUUCAAAUUGCAUGACAGCUUUUUUUUUCUAUUAUCCUUCUGUAUUUCUUUUUAGUAUAAUGUUUUUAUAAAAUUAUACAGUCAUCAUAAGACAAUUAUAUGAUAAAAGUAGAAAAAUUCACCCAAGUAAAUUAUGAAUAAUGAUAAAUUGUACAUAUUUGGACACUUAUGGAUAUUUGUAAAUCUUCUCAAAAUGUUAUUUUUGAAAUGAAAUGUAUAUAAUUCAAUCCAUAUAUUAAGUCAGGUUUAUUCAGUUUUAUUAUAUGUAUAUUUACUGUUCAAUGAGCUUUCAAAAAUAUGUGUAGUUAUGUAACUACUACCACAAUCAAUAUAUAGGGUAUUUUAAUUGCUCUGAAAAUUGCCUUUAUGCCUUUAUCCUUGCUUAUGUUAAUAUUCUCCCACAACCCCAACAUCCUGGCACCACUAAUCUGAUUUCUGUCAUGUAGUUUUUCUUUUAAGAGAAGGGCAUUGUGAAUUAAAUUUUAACAAAUGUCUUAUUUUCUGUCUGAAUCCUACCACCUCUAAUAAUGUCUUUGAGAUUAGUUGUGUUGCUACCUGUAUCCAUAAUUUAUUUUUAUUGUUCACUACUUUUUCGUUGUAUUAUAUACACCAAACUGUUUAUUUAAUCAUCAAUUGGUUAACAUUUGAGUUUGAAUUUGAAUAAAGCUAUUAUCAACAUGCUAGCCAUAUGAUUAUAAAGCAUUUCCCUAAAAUUGGUAGAGUUUAGGCCGGGCACGGUGGCUCAUGCCUGUAAUCCCAGCACUUUUGGAGGCCGAGGAGGGUGGAUCAUGAGGUCAAGAGAUUGAGAUCAUCCAGGUCAACAUCAUAAAACCCCGUCUCUACUAAAAAUACAAAAAAUUAGCUGGGCAUAGUGGCACGUGCCUGUAAUCCCAGCUACUCAGGAGGCUGAGGCAGGAGAAUUGCCUGAACCCAGGAGGCGGAGGUUGUGGUGAGCCGAGAUCAUACCAUUGCACUCCAGCCUGGGUAACAAGAGCGAAAACUCCAUCUCAUAAAUAAAUAAAUAAAUAAAUAAAUAAAUAAAUAAAUAAAUAAAACUGGUAGAAUUUAUUUCAAUGUUUAUAUUUUUCCCAGUAACAAUACAACAACCACAACUAUAGUUAUAAUAAUGGUCUCAUAAAUAUAAUAGUUUACAUUUAUCAGAAGCCUCUUAUCUGCCAGGCACUUUGGAAGCACUAGGUAGUGAUUUUCACUUUUAAUCCUUGAGAAACUCUACAGGGUGAAUUUAUAACAAUUCAAUUUUAGGUGUAAGAAAAUUGGCAUAAAGGGAUUUUAAAUAACUGGAAAAUGAUAGGGCAAUUUGUUUUCACAGUUAGCACUUUUACCAGGGCUACUACUGUUUUAUUUUAUGUUCUAGUUAUUCAUUUUUGGUGGUGUUCAUGAGGUUGUGAAAAAGAGAUGCUUCUAUACUGUUAGUGGAAGUGUAAAUUAGUUCAGCCAUGUUGAAGACAGUGUGAAGAUUCCUCAAAGCCCUAAAGACAGAGAUACCAUUUGAUCUAGCAAUCCCAUCACUGGGUAUAUACUCAAAAGAAUACAAGGCAUUCUAUUAUAAAGACACAUGCAUGCAUAUGUUUGUCACAGUACUAUUCACAAUAGCAAACACAUGGAAUAAAACUAAAUACUUAUCAAUGAUUGACUGGUUAAAGAAAAUGUAGUAUCUAUAUGUCAUGGAAUACUAUGAAACUGGAAAAUGAAUGGGAUCAUGUCUUUGCAGGGAGAUGGACAGAGCUGGAAGUCCUUAUUCUCAGCAAACUAACACAGGAGAAAUAUUGAUGUAUUUUUUUUGUAAUGGAUUGUCCUAUUGUUUUGUAAAAUGGUAUGGAUUAAUUUCCAAAUGAACUGCAUUUAGGUAUCACUGAAAACAAAGCAAUAUUCAAUGCCAGCAGGAAAUGGGUGCCAUAAGAGGAUGGAAACCAUAAAGCCAAAAACCAAUUGUAGGAUAGCCAAGGUUGAACCUUAUGGAGAGCUCUAGCGAGUUUCAGUAAAGCUUGAGGAACCAAGUUAAGGAGUGAGGCAAUGACACUAAUGGUUUUUUUUUUCAUUAUCAUAUUGGACAAGAGACAUAAAAAAACAGGUAAUUCAGCAGUAGGUACAGUUCAUGAUGAAAGGAAGCUUCAGACAGCAAUAAUAGUGUUUUGUUCUGGUUUUUGUUUUGGUGUAAUAAAAGUUUUAGAUAAAAAAUGUGUCUCUACAGGAACUCAAUUUGUGUUGAUUGAAUAUAUUCAUAGAAAGGCUGUGUAAGAAAACCCAGACUUUUUAUUUAACUCAAAGGACAUAAUUUGCUCUUAAAUGGGAGACUAUUUCAUGGGAAUCCCCACUCACCACUACCUGCACACAUGCUGCUGUCAGCAGUGAUUGAGUUGAGAACAGUACUAUGUAAUUUUAAAAAAAAGUCCCUUUGUUAUUAUUUGAGAUAUAUUUGAAUAUUUUUAACCUUGUUAAAUUACACAAUUUUAGUUUAUCAUUAAAUUGUUGUUGGACUCUGAAGUAAAUUAAACCAUUUAAAAAUACUUUUGUGUAAGUUAAGAUUUCUAAUUCAUGCCAUAAAUAAAUGAGAAUUAGAUGCACUUACAUUGUCACAAUAAACUCCAGAAGCUAGAACUUAAUGAACUGGUUCUGAAGCCAGACUGUUUAAUUUAAUAUUUGCCAGUGAACAUUUAUUAAUAAGUUACUUAACCUACCUGGUCCUUGCAUUUCUUCUCUGUAAAGUAAAAAUGACAUGAGUGCUAAUCUCAUGAUGAUCAACUGGAAAAAAAAUAAAAGAUAUAACAACAGUGUUUGACAUGGAGAGCGCAUCUGUUAAUUUUUGCUAUAAAUAAAAGUUCUUGCUAUAAAAGUUAACUAUAAAAUUAAUGAGGUGUAUUGAAGCACUGGUUUUUGUUUAUCUGAUUGUCUAUCUUUUUAAUUUUUAACUUUUGUGGAUACCUUGUAGGUAUAUAUAUUUAUGGAGUACAGGAGAUAUUUCGAUAUAUGCAUGCAAUAUGAAAUAAAGUUGUAUAACAAC